ACAGUUUGUUGCCGAACUACAAUUCCCAGACUGCACGAUACUCCAUCGGGUGUCCAAUCCAAAGUGCAGAGUUCAUGGUUGCAGGAUGCACAGAUAGGUGAAAAUUGACAGUUAAGUUUUUCAGAAGUUCCUAGCUGUUAAUCAUCAGGUCAAUUUUCUCCGCAGGUGGUUUGGGGUUUUUAGUCUCCGUCUCAGUGCAAGGAUGGCCGAAGGGUCUCAGAGAACCGAAGAAUUGCCAGAGGACGUCAUGUCUGAUGAUUGCAUGAGUUCUUACACUCACGUCUACAGUCCAGACCUUUUGAAAGAUCAGGUUGCUUUUAUCACCGGAGGUGGCUCUGGCAUUGGAUUCCGAAUAGCUGAAGUCUUCAUGAGGCAUGGGUGUGAUGUAGUGAUUGCUAGCCGAAAUCUACAACGUCUAACUGAGGCCGCAGAGAAAUUAACUAAAGCAACUGGUCGGAGAUGUCUCCCUUUGGCAAUAGAUGUUAGGCAGCCGGAGACCAUUAACACAGCCAUAGAUCGAACUUUGGAGGAGCUGGGUCGUAUCGACAUACUCAUCAACAAUGCUGCCGGUAACUUCCUAUGUCCUGCCUCCUCUUUGUCAUUCAACGCCUUCAAGACAGUAUUGGAGAUCGACACCAUGGGCACUUUCAAUGCCAGCAAAGUGGUCUAUGAGAAGUGGUUUAAGGAUCAUGGAGGUUCUAUUGUAAACAUUUCUGCCACUCUGGGAUACAAGGGUCAGGCUCUCCAGGUGCAUGCUGGGUCAGCAAAAGCAGCCAAUGAUGCCAUGACCAAACACCUGGCUGUGGAGUGGGGCCCCAGUGGCGUGCGCGUGAACACUGUGGCACCAGGACCUAUCUCAGGCACCGAGGGCUACCGCAGACUGGGUGGUCCUCAUGCUGAGAAUGCUGGUGCUUUCAGCAGCAUCCCCCUGCAGCGUGCAGGGAACAAGACAGAGAUGGCCCACGCAGUACUCUUCCUCUCCAGCAGGGCGGCGUCCUACAUCACAGGCAGCGUAUUGGUGGCUGAUGGUGGAGCGUGGCUGACGUCGCCCAAUGAUGUACACCGUCUGCUGGGUAUACUCUCCUCUCGCUCUGCUAAACUCUGACAGACAACACUCAGGAUUCUGGUCCUCUGAAAUGAAGAGAGAUAGGAAGUAAUGCCUUCCAUCAUCCUCAGAAGAACAAGAUGAACAACUGUCUCACACACAGCAGCAUUCCAUCAUAUCAACUAGUAAUCAUGCUAAUGUUUGUUGUACCUUGUCUUCCAAAGGUAUAUGCACAUCUAGGGACUGACAAGCUACAAGUUGCCCUUGGACUAUAUGGCGCUUUUUGUUCAUCAUUUGCUAGCUUGUGUGCCUUCUCUUUCACAUAUUCAAAUUUUCAAUGUUUCUUGAAAAAAAUGUUUUUUGUUAAACCAUGAAACACUAAACAAAUCUAAUUUCUUA